AUGCUGGGAAGGCUGAUCCAAGGCUACUCCAGGAGCAGCCAGCUCGAGAGCGCCACCGACGAGACCCAUACCCGUACUCUUCUUUGGCCCGAGUUUCAAUCCCCAGAUGGACGCCCAGCGUCCUCAGUCUCACCGCCUACCACCCCCUUUGGUUCCCCGACUCUCCGUGUCUCUCCCUUCGAUGACAAGGCUGGUUUGGAGCUUAACGAAACAAAAGAUCUGAGGCUUAUAAUUGCCCAAGAUGCCUUUGGCACCAACGACCGUCCUCUCCUCCUAUUUGACUCUCAGUCCUCCGAUCCUCCCGCUGGUGCACCUGAAUCCGUCUCUAACAAUCGGAGCAACACGUCUCCCCUGACCUCAGCACUGGGACCACGCGCAGAGCCUGGAAUUCCCAUCAACGGCCAUAUCAGAAAUAGAAGUUCCACCAUCUCCGGGGCUUCUGCCUCUUGGAUUCGUUCCAGCAAGGAAUCGGACAGUACCGAUCACCUCGGCAACAUUUUAGAUUGCAUGUUUGGCGUUAGUAGUGCUACCAAGACCGAGUCCAGCACCAAAAUGCAUCUUCUACCAGGAGACCAAAAUGCGAACGGUGACCUUGGCCCGCGUACCCAUUCCCAUGUCUCAGGUGGACCGACGAUGCGCGCUCCCUUUCUGCGGGCAAAGACAGCAACUCAUACGAUACAGACUCAGCGUCAACAUGUGACUGUGAAAGACUCUGAUACAGAAUAUCGCGAUGCAAUCCUGAUCACUCGAGUUUUUGCCAUUACUCUCCCAGAUGCUCAAGAGGAUAUUCGCCAACACCGAACCUCAUCUGCUGACAACUCCGAUGGUGCAAGACCUACCCUUCAAGCUCAGGAUCAACAUGAAUUGCCUGGUUCCUAUCUAAAGAAACCCAAAAUUGUGGAGAAGAAGACGCCUGUAUUUGCCAUAGGCCUCCUAUGCUAUCUUCCCAAUGGUGAGGUUCGACCAGGAACUUCGAAUGCUAGACCAUCCUCAAGAGCAUCCUUCACUCCUUCGGGAACUCCAAACUCAUACGGUUCAGAGUCAAUGUCUUCCUGGACCUUUCUCAAUGCUAUCCCUGAGCACCUUAUGUCUUCCGAAUCGAGCGGCGCUCUGACCGACAAAGGUGUCGAUGUCAUUGUUAAGAACUGGGAUGUCAUUCUCCGCAGUCUGGGCGUUGUAGAGAAGAUGGCUCGUGCGGAUAUUGCUCAGUUUCUACAGCAAGUCAAUCUUGCCAUCAUCUCAUCAGUCGCAAAGGCCCCGAAAGGCCCGUCCGAACAGCGCACCAAUCAGCGUAACGUCUACCUUCGCACUCCAAAUAUCCUGAGCCAGAUCACUCCUUUGAAUCGUCUAGUGAAGCAGACCUUGUGGAGAGUCUGUUACGCUUUUCGUGUGCCACGCGUUCUGACUGGGUUUGGCCUCGAGAAUGGCGGCCACUGGCUUGACGAAGCUCGAUAUCUUGUGCGCAUCUCUGGAAACAAACCGCAGAACUUUUUCCUCUUCAAUCUCUUGACCGCAUUUCUUGGAAGUCAUACCGAGUGGCUGGAGCGGCUCGGUCCAGAUUGGUACCGUCGACAGUUCAAGGCCAUGAACAGGGGCAAAUCUCGCCCAAGCAAUCUUGCAUCGCGCACUGUCAUAGUAUGCGACAAUCGCUCGACUGCCCGUCGUUUCAUCUUUCUGCUCGCAUCCUUUCUUCCGCGAUCGCAUGCUCUCAAUUUUCUAGCGAGGACUGGUCCAGAUUUUGUAUCACCACUUCUCACACCCGAUGUUGUGUCUACUUCUCCGGCAAUCAAACCGAUGUAUGAAGGAUCCAUUCGUCGCCAUGUUCAUGGCAAAUCGAGAGACAGUGGUCUGACGUUUCCCCGUCGGGAUGUCAACGGGUUGUCCACCAGCGUCUCAUCCAACGAAAGUCUCGGAGGCAUUGGUAAAGCGAUCAGGAAUAGUUCUCGUUCUAAUCAUGUCCGCGAAGACCUGCAGGAAGGACUUGACAAACCCCCAUCUCUCUUCGCUGCGAGUGAUGGUUUCAACCAAGGACAGAAAACUGUUGCAACCAGCUCAACGGCUACCCCCAGUGCCAGUACCCCCGUCCCUCAUUUCGCAUCUAAAAGCGACAGCUACUUCCCUGAGAAUGUCAUCGCUGAUGAAGAAGAAAGCGGAGCAAGUGCAGAUCUUGCUCGCAUUUUGCGAAGGGACAGCAGUAGCUACAGUACUAACAAUCAAACCUCGAUCAAAUGGGGCUCUCUGAUCAGCAAUGUCAGUGGCCUCUGGUAUCGGAAGUCUGACUCGGCAGUCCAGGAGAAUGAACGUCUGUCCCCGCCAGCUGCCAGAGACAGUCUUCGUGACCGUCGAAGCCUAGCUCCAAGAUCGGUCCCUAUCCAGCCUCGUCACCACAGCCCUUUAAAGACAAUGGUGGACGAAGUUGGCGAUCUCCAGGCUCAGCAAACGACACGCAAGGACGAUCGAUCUUCGAUUGCUACUAGACGCCUUUCGGGAGCUAAUGACGUCCCCGCACCUAAUCUUACCGUAGAUGAUAGAGAUGGCGUAGUUGAUGUCGAUAUCAAUCUCCCCGGAUUUAUAGGGUGGGCAGAUCCUAAAGGCCUCUCGAUUCCAACAUCAUCACAUCAUCGCUCUCCAUCCGUGCUUAGUGAUGAAAUCGGCUCAUCUUAUAGCUCAAGAUCAGCGCUUCCUGACAGCAUUGGGACGAAGACCAUCCGCGUGGGUGGAUACUUAAGGCGAUAUCAUGAAGAUUUCAGUCUUCAAGGUGUGAAACCCUACGCAGAACUUCAAGAUGAAGUUCGGCAGAGCAUGUCCCGAGAAUUAACGCCGAUCGGCGACGUUCGCAACCCACUGCUAGAGGAGACAACAGUCCAUGGUGGCCAAUGGGUUAACGUGUGUACUACGCUACUUGCUGAUUUGCGCACAUUCACAAUACAACGCCUUACUCUCCGGCGCAAAGUAGGUCAUCACGAUGGCCCCCUACCAGAAAAAGGCUGCCCCGAAGCCCAUCGAAGAGCUUCCCAGGUUUCAAUCAACGAUAAUGUGGAAGAUUUCGUUGUUGAAACAGUGAUGGACUUUGAUACAACCCUUACAGACGCGAUCGAGCGAGUAUUGACCGAGACAGAGCAGCCAGCAGUGAAAUCAGUAACACCCUCAAGAACGCACUCAAGAACUGUGUCUACCGGAACAACAGACUCUCUAAAAUCCGGACCUUUAGAGAUUUCAGGGCCUGGAAAAACCCGUGAUUGGGGUCGUCCUUCUAUACUCUCCCAAUCUGACUGCCGCCAAGUUGUGGUUGGAGCGUUGGAAGAAGUGGUCAGGAGCGUAAAUGAUGAUCUCACUAAAAAUCAUCGAGAUACCAGCGGUAAGGUCGAUUUGAAUGGUAAAGCCAUGAAACAAGUGACGAAGCAAGACAACGUCCUGCGCGAGGGUGUCAAGAAAUGGCUCUUGAAUGUUGAGACGAGGAGUGUCUGGUGA